UUUUGCGAACCCGACUCCCCUUCAUCUGUUCUCUCCCCUCCUCUCUCUAGAUCUCCAAGUCCUGGCCUCACAGCCCUGCCUGUGGGAUGUAGGCCUCGUUCUCCUGACACUCGGUGCACGCCCUGCUGCUGUGCCCCUGCCGAAGCGGCGGGAAGCAAUGUCACCCCUGAUUUUAGGUUUGAGAGCCUCCCUCUGGAGUGGAGAGAGAGACCAGCCGCGGAGGGGAGGGGAUGGCUUGUCAAGCCAAGAGAGGCAGGUCCCUCCGUUGUGUGUGUUGCUGUCACCAGACAGAGCCCAGUCCCAGGAGCUGACGCUCCCACCGCCCCCGGGAGAGCCCUGUGGCCAUGGUGACGACGGGCGCCCUCCGGAGCGGUUUUCUCUGGGGUCUUGUCUCGUCCGGCGGCGCGGACAGAGCCUUCAGCUCCAUCCGUAAAAGAGCAGUGCCAAAGAGUUAGAAGUACACGGUACGGACAUAUAUAUAUAAUUCAGGUCCUGUUUCCCUCUGAUUUGGAAAGAGACAGUCUUGUAAUUUUAAAUUACAUCCUAGCUCUGAGGAGCUCAGCUAAGACAUUUUCUGUUCAUUAAGAGUAAUUGGAUUACUUCAGAAUGACCACAGAAAUAAUAUUGCAUUAUCGCGCAUAUGAGAGUGAUCCCACACAAUUGCUGAAAGUUGCAGAAAAAGCAAUUCAAGACUUUCCUACACAUCCACUAUCAAGAUUUAUCCCUUGGUUUCCACAUGAUGGGUCCAAACUUCCGCUCAAACCUAAACGAUCACCACCUGUGAUUUCUGAAGAGGCAGCUGAAGAUGUGAAACAAUCCUUAACCGUUUCAGAACACGAUGUUAAAUCACAGAGUUAUGAUUGUACAGUAGCGCUCUUGGAGUUUCAGCCUAAUUUGAAAGAAAAGAAGCACUUACUCCGGUCACACACACUCAAUGAACAGACUGCUUCUGGAAAUCGGGAUGAACAGUCAGAAAAAGGGAAGCCGCACAAGAAGAGGUCUUGGAGUGUUUCGCUCCCCUGCAGAAAUUGUACUGGAGAUAUUUUUCCUUUGUCUAAAAAAUUGCAAGAUAGUGUAAAGGCACUAGAUUUACACUUAUUUUACCGAGCAAGAUGGACAAUAGAUCACACUAUAUGUAACAACCAAACUCUGGAAGACAUUUGGGCAAAACUCAGUAGAAUUAUCAGGCACAAUGAGCUUCCAUCUUGUAAUGCUACAAUUCAGAGACAUUUGGGCCAAAUAUGGGUGUUCUGUGAUAUUAUGUACUGUGAAUAUGUGGGAAAUCUCCUUAAAGGAAGAUUAGCUCUUACUGGGAAAAUAAAUUUAUUUGUGCGUAAACAUGGUAUUAUUUUUAGUAUGUAAUGAAUUCCAGUGAUUGUCAAAAAGAAGACUAUUCUGAAUGAACAGUAUAUACUGAAAUAGAUUAAUAAAUUUUUUUACUGGUUUUUGAAUUUUUAAUUACAAUUUUUUUUAUUUGAACCUUUGCUAGCAUAGCCUAUUUAUUCUUACCAUUGUGAAAAAUAAUUGUGUGGUAGUAUGUGUUCAGUUUGUAUCCCAGGAAUAAAUAUCAUGUGAGUUUGUAGACUUGUCAUUUAA